AUGCUACUAAAAGGACCGGAUCUAGUCCAACCUCUCCCAGAUAUUCUCUGUGGAUUCCGUGAGCGGAAGAUUGCAGUCGUGGGAGAUAUCAUGGAAAUGUUCCAUCAGUUGAAGAUACGGCAAGCAGAUCGUUACAGUCAGUUAUUCGUCUGGCCCGGUGAAACCGGGCGUCCUCCGAAAACCUUUGUGAUCGACGUAGCAACCUUCGGCUCAACUAGCUCACCAUGCUCGGCGCAGUUCGUAAAAAAUUUGAAUGCAGCCGAGCAAGCAGAACAAUAUCCGAGGGCCGCGGAGGCGAUUGUGCGCCGGCAUUAUGUCGACGAUUACCUGCAUAGUUUCGACAGUGAGGAAGAAGCAUGUCAAGUUGUAGAGGAGGUCAAGUUGGUGCAUAAACGAGGCGGAUUCACAAUUCGCAACUGGCUUUCGAAUUCAGGCGCAGUACUCCGCCAGAUUGGGGAUACCGAAGCGAGAGCAACGAAGAUCGUCGGUGAAGGCGGUCCCGAAGCAGAACGCGUGCUAGGCAUGCAAUGGAGAGCAACCGAGGAUGUCUUCGUGUUCCCCAGCGAUACCGACUUGGGAGCCGUCACCCCUACAAAGCGAGGCAUCUUACGGUGCGUUAUGAGUCAGUUUGAUUCGUUGGGGCUUCUUUCCCAUUUCCUCAUCCAUGGCCGGGUUAUCAUUCAGGAUAUAUGGCGCACAAAAGCUGGUUGGGACGACGUGGUAGGCGAGCCAAUCCUUGAACGAUGGCAUUUGUGGGUAGCCAAAUUCAACGACCUGAAAGCUGUUCGUAUACCUCGUGCCUAUUUUCCGGGCGUAACGGCAUCGGAAAUCGAGGACUUGCACUUGCAUAUAUUUGUCGACGGCAGCGAGACUGCCUAUGCUUGUGUCGCCUACUUGAGGGCCACCAUCCAUGGAAAGUUCCAGUGUGCACUUGUCGGAGGAAAAGCGAAAGUAGCACCUUUGAAGAAGUUAUCCAUCCCGAGGCUGGAGCUGCAGGCGGCGUUAAUAGGCUGUAGGUUGAUGAAAACGUUAUGCAGCAGUCACAGUCUCCCAAUAUCGCGACGAGUGAUUUGGACCGAUUCAAAAACCGUCCUUUCGUGGAUCCAUUCUGAUCAUCGUCGCUAUCGACAGUUUGUCGCCUGCCGGAUAGGAGAAAUCCUCUCCAAGACAAACAUUGAGGAGUGGCGGUACGUUCCAUCGAAAAUCAACGUCGCGGAUGAUGGAACCAAGUGGGCUAGUGGACCAAACCUGAAACCCGACAGCCGUUGGUUCAAAGGCCCGGAGUUUCUAUGGGCACCAGAGGAGGCUUGGCCACAACAAGUAAAACCAGAGGAAACCGAAACCGAAGCUCGACCAUGUCACAUCCAUAUAGCAGUGCAACAUGACGAAAUCAUUAACUGGGAACGCUUUUCGAAGUUCGAGAGGCUCCAAAGAACAGUUGCAUACAUCCACCGCUUCACAGACAACUGUAGACGCAAGGCGGCAAAACAACCACUGCAAUCCUCGCACAUUACCCAGGAAGAAAUCUAUAGAGCUGAAAAUACCCUAUGGCGAUCGGCGCAGCUAGCUGAGUUUCCGGAAGAGAUGGUUCGACUCCAGAUGACAAAAGAUGGACGAAAAUCGAAACUCAACCAAGGUAGCCGUCUUUACAAGCUAUCACCGUUCAUCGACGAAUGGGGAGUAGCGCGAAUGGACACUCGAAUCGCUGGGGCAAUCUUCGUUCCGCACGAUACUAGAUUCCCAAUCAUCCUCCCGAAAGGUCAUCGCCUCACCAACCUGGUCGUAGAGUGGUAUCACCGACAUUAUCUGCAUGCGAACAAUGAAACCGUUAUCAACGAGGUCCGCCAGCGAUUUCACGUACCCUGUCUCCGAGCACUAGUCAGGAAACUCUCCAGAACCUGUAUGCAGUGCAGAGUGUCAAAGGCAAAACCGCUGUGCCCACGUGAAGCACCACUUCCUGAUGCGAGACUCAGUCCAUAUACUCGACCGUUCAGCUAUGUUGGACUGGACUACUUCGGUCCCAUUCAAGUCAAGGUCGGACGUCCUCUGGCCAAACGAUGGGUGGCGCUGUUUACGUGCCUCACGGGCCGUCCAUCUGGAGGUGGUACACUCCCUUUCCACUGA